AUGAUUGGGGUCACCAAUCCGGUCAAGAACAAGGAAUUCUUAAGCCCCGAAAGUGAUCGUCGAGGCAUACCGGGUAUCGACUUUGUAAAACACAUGGAUAAUUUCGUGGCAGAAUUACUCCAGGCUAUAGUGUCCUUCCGGGCCGCACACAGCUUCUUCGCUUUUGUCGUUUACUUUGAGGAGUACCUUGGUGGCUGCCUGGGACUACACAUUGACUCGAUCGACAAUACAAACCCACUUGCCACACUUGCGAGACCCACUUGGACACGUAACAGACCGCCGGGUAAAUUCACGUCCAAUAUCUACGCAAAUUUAAAAUCAAGGGGCGGGUACACACCUCAACACAAAGAACUCCGUGAGCUUCGCGUGCAGAUCCAACAUAAUACCACCCAACGUCUCAUAACUAAGGAGAUAGCAGGCAAGGCUCACCGCCAAUACUACUAUCGACUUAUAAGAGAAGUAUCACGGACCGGGACAAGCCCUCCCAUGAUAGCUUUACCCACUGCUGUGAACCCCCCCCCCCCCCCCCCCCCAUCCGUCUUUAACACGGUCCUGUUUAAAUUGCCUGACUAUCGCACUGGUGGAUACUUCUGUCCUGUGUGCCCCGGAGAUAAGACUUUUUUUAUCCAGCCACUUUGCUUGUAUCCGUUUUCUAAUAAGGCGUGUUCUAGUGUGCUUUUUCUACCCCCAGUUGGACCGGACUUACUACAACAACUACAGAAUCGGGAGCCUGGGGACCCGCAGUCCCACAUCCGCGAAAAAUGUCGGGCCAGGCCGAUUGCGUUCGUCCCCAAGGACUCCUUGCCCAAUGACCAAUGGAAAUUGGACUUACAAAAAUCUAUCACAGACCUUUCUGCCCAGGUCAAUACUCUACAGGCCAAUAUCAACCAAAUUUUGGGACCGGAUCUACCAAACCCGAACAAUGAUGGGCCCAUCUCUAAGGAGCCUUUGACUGAUGACCAAUGGAAAUCAACCAUGCACCAAAUGCUCACUAACCUCUGUGCAAAAGUAAUCAACCUCGAAUCCGAACUCCGGGACCUUAAAUCGCAAACCCGUGCACCUAUAGAUGAAGACACAUCCGACACAUUCCGAUUUGGCUCCACAAGCCCGCCUGCUCCGCCAGCAAACAGACCGCGGUCACAGGCGCCCAUUAGCAGCAGUGAGCCUCCCAGCUACCACUCAAAAGUGGACAAACCUGAAAACCCGAGCCCUAAAAAACGCCCGACCCCAUCAGCUUCUCAGUCCCUACCGCAGCCGCCAGUAUCCAAACACCUUUUGACGAAAGUGGUGGGCCGCCCGAUUCCGGACAAAACUCUUCAUGAAAUGGAUGACAUAACUCCGUCUCCAGAAGACUUACCAAGCAAAACAUGA